AUGCUGUCAACUCCCAUCCUCGCCAUGGCCAAGAUCAUCCUCGCCCUCUUCACCCUCAUCGCCACCGCCGCCAUGACCUAUAACUUCCGAUUAACAGGCCACUUUCUCCCCAUCCAUGCGGGUGAUAAUAUCUUUUACAAACGGCCACCAGAGGUCCGGGUCUACCCCGAUCCCGGGCCCAAAUCAGAAACGGCUUCAAGUUCAUGCUGGCGCCCAGCAUCGACUGAACGCGUCACAUUCAGCCGCAGAGGAUGCACCGUCUACGGAUACCCCUCCACAGGCGGAAUCUUAAUCAAAGAAGCCCCCAGCAUCCUCGACAUGAUUUUCCUAUCGCUCCCGCGAGAUCGGGCGUCGGAGCGCUCGGCUGAUGCAGGUGAGGAGGAUUGUUUUUGCGGUCUGUUGCAGCGGGUUGGGGCGAGAUUUUGGGGGAGGAGGGAGGAUUGGGUUGAGGGGGUGUUUGGCUUGAGGUUUAGGGAUGGUGUUCCGGUGGAGGAGGUGGGGGAGAAGGAAGAAAGGGUGCUGGUGUUUGGGUGGCCUGAGGAUGGGGUUGGCGUUUGGGUGUUGAGGUUUGAGAGUGAGGAGCAAUUGCCGAGGGAUUUUGGGAGGGUGGACUUUGCGGUGGAUAUGGGGGAGAAGAUUGGGAUUAUGAGGGAGUAUGGGGCUUUGUUUUUUGAGGAUGUUGGGAUUGUGGAGGAUCUUUAUGGUGCCGGUGAUCGAGUGGGAGGUUCUGAGGAUUUUGGUACCGGUGGGAUUGGGAUGGGUACUUCUGGGCACGAAUUGUAA